GAAUGGAAUGAUAUUGUCUUUUUGAGUUUAAGCAAAUUGGUCUCGAGUCAAAACAAAAUCAAAAAAAAAAAAACCAAAUUAAAUAAAUAUGAAGUAAUGCAGAGAUGGAAGUCAACCAUACAUCUUGCAGAAAACCAGAAAAGAAACCAGCAGAAGGUAUAGAAACCAGCCGGCUGCGCGUAAAACCUGAAAUAGUGAAGAGUAGAGGCAAAUUUAUAAAGACGCCGCUGUUUGUAGCUAUCAACUACAGAAACAAACAAUGGUUUUAGUAAAGGGUUUAUGGUAUUUGAUCAUUUUUUUCCUUAAUUUCUUUUUCUAUUCCCCAUUUGUAGAAUCCAACCAUACAAAUUCAUUGGGUCUCAUGGAGUAUAAAUACCCGUAUAAGCACACCCAUCUCUUCACUGCCAAAAACAAAAUCAACAAAGCAAUCAAAUGAUUAGAGAACAGAGCUUAUAAAAGUUCCAAGAAAGAUGUCAAGUACCGUUGGUCAAGUCAUCCAUUGCAAAGCUGCUGUGGCAUGGGAAGCUGGGAAGCCACUGGUGAUAGAAGAGGUGGAGGUGGCACCCCCCCAGAAAAUGGAGGUUCGUCUCAAGAUCCUCUUCACCUCUUUGUGUCACACAGAUGUUUACUUCUGGGAGGCAGAGGGACAAACUCCAUUAUUUCCUCGCAUAUUUGGUCAUGAAGCUGGAGGAAUUGUUGAGAGUGUCGGUGAGGGUGUGACAGACCUCAAACCCGGAGACCAUGUGCUUCCUGUCUUCACCGGUGAGUGCAAGGAGUGUCGUCACUGUAAAUCAGAGGAGAGUAACAUGUGUGAUCUUCUAAGGAUCAACACUGACAGAGGGGUAAUGCUUAACGAUGGCAAGUCAAGAUUCUCCAUUAAUGGACAACCCAUUUACCAUUUUGUUGGCACCUCUACAUUCAGUGAAUAUACUGUGGUUCAUGUUGGUUGUGUUGCUAAAAUCAAUCCUGCUGCUCCACUUGACAAAGUUUGUGUUCUAAGCUGUGGAAUCUCUACAGGUCUUGGUGCCACCUUGAAUGUUGCAAAGCCCCCAAAAGGUUCUUCAGUUGCCAUUUUCGGAUUGGGAGCUGUUGGUCUUGCUGCUGCUGAAGGGGCUAGAAUUGCAGGAGCUUCGAGGAUUAUUGGGGUUGAUUUGAACUCCAGGAGAUUUGAACAAGCCAAGAAAUUUGGUGUCACCGAGUUUGUGAAUCCAAAAGACUUUAACAAGCCAGUGCAAGAGGUGCUUGCUGAAAUGACCGGUGGAGGAGUUGACCGAAGUGUGGAAUGUACUGGAAACAUCAAUGCCAUGAUUUCUGCAUUUGAAUGUGUUCAUGAUGGAUGGGGUGUGGCUGUACUUGUUGGUGUUCCAAAUAAAGACGAUGCAUUCAAAACCCAUCCGGUGAAUGUUUUGAAUGAGAAGACUCUCAAAGGUACCUUCUUCGGGAAUUACAAACCACGCUCAGAUCUUCCUGCAGUGGUGGAGAAAUACAUGACCAAGGAGCUUGAGCUUGAGAAGUUCAUCACCCACGAAGUCCCUUUCUCAGAAAUCAACAAGGCCUUUGAGUAUAUGCUUAAAGGCGAGAGUCUUCGGUGUAUCAUUCGCAUGGAAGCUUAGUUUCUCGAACAAUUCUGUCAGUUUUUGAGGUGUACAAUAAGCUUUGAUUGGAUUAGCAAUGAAAAGGAUUGCAAAAUUAGUGUUCAUGGAACAUAGUGGUGGUUUAUAGAACAGAGUCCUCUUCUUCUUUCCUAUAACCUGUGUGAUUCUUGUACAUUGUAUAGAUAUAAAAGAAUUUGCCUGAUUUGUGGAUUGUCCCAUGUACUUCGUUGUUGUA